AUGGGCUCAAGAGUGAAGUACGCGCCUCUCGAAAAGGAUGAGAAUGAGGUUGAGCGCCUCGUUACCGAUGAGAGCCGACCAAGCAGCUCUGUCUCAACGUUGUUUGAAGUCCAAGAUGCAACUCCCCAAAAGUCUGCAUGGCUCUUCACAUCCUCGCGAAUCUCCUGUCCGCCGACUCUGUGGCUAGUUGUGAUUGAUUUUUGCCAUAUUGGCGACUUGCUAAAGCACCCGACAGCCCCUCUACUGACGCGGACCAAAAUCGAGUUACUGGAGCAACAGAUACAGACGCCUUUAAUUAACAGGCAUAAUGUCAACGGUUCAUCCAUCUACCGUGAGCCACCCUCGCCAGAUGUGGAUGACGCGUGGGAGCGAUUGCAUAAAGGAGAUCGUCUGUUUCUCGUAGGAGAAGACGAAGUUCGCCGCAUUGGAAAAGACCCAGAUGUCCUGAUCAAAGCACCUCUGGAAUGGGGCUACGGCGACGGCCAGUAUCUCGCAGCGAACCAAGGACAGCAUGACAUCCAUUGCCUGAAUAAACUUCGGAUGUGGAUUUAUGCGGAACAUUACUAUGGAGGCCGAGAGGCUGUACGCGAGAUUCACGCCUUGCACUGUCUUCAUACUCUUGUUCAGACACUGAAAUGCCGAUAUAGCACGGAUGUGUAUACCGCAAUGUGGGUUGAGGGAUUCGACGCGCCAGUCAUAGAUUUUAACGUGACGCGCAAAUGCAUGAAGUAUGAAAACAUCUUGCAUUGGAACCCAGAGAGGCCGUAUACCGAGGACCAGUUUCUGUCCGUCAAGCCACCAAGCGGCCAGAAGAGAAUUCCGUCAGACGUCUAUUAG